UCUGGUGGUCCUGGUUGUGCCGAACUAGUUCGAUUCGAGAGUUAGGCCAGCAGAGGAAGAAGGAAGCCCGAUUUCUCUCUCGAUUGGAGUAAUGUCGAGGGCUGGAGUGGCGAUGGAGGUCGGAAGCGAUGGAGUGGCGGUGAUUACAAUGUGGAAUCCUCCUGUCAAUGCGCUGGCUCCAUCGAUUUUUGCUGGAUUGAAGGAAAAGUACGUGGAGGCAAUGAAGAGGAAUGAUGUCAAUGCUAUCGUCUUAACUGGUGAUGGUGGAAAGUUUUCCGGUGGUUUUGACAUCAAUGUUUUUGCUGAAGUUCACAAGACUGGGGAUGUGUCUAUUUUGCCGGAUGACUCGAUCAAUUUGCUUGCAAGCACUAUUGAAGGUCCUAACUCAACUAUAACUUUGUAUUAUAAUAUUUCCAUCAAAUUCUGCAAUCAUUUAAACUUUCGUGUGUUAUUGUCUUCAGAUGCCAACAAGCCUUCUGUUGCAGCCAUUCAUGGACUUGCUUUAGGAGGUGGUUUGGAGUUGGCAAUGUGUUGUCAUGCUCGAAUAUCCACUCCAGAUGCUCAGCUUGGAUUGCCUGAGUUGACUCUUGGUGUUAUUCCGGGCUUUGGAGGCACCCAGCGUCUUCCUAGGCUUGUGGGUCUGCCAAAGGCGGUAGAAAUGAUGUUGUUAUCCAAGUCAAUAAGAGCUAAAGAAGGGACGGAGUAUGGCCUUGUUGAUGCUACUACGUCUCCUGAGAAUUUGUUGAUUGUUUCAAGACAAUGGGCAUUAGAAAUUGCUGAAAGGAGUAAACCUUGGAUUAGCUCACUUAAGCGGACUGAUAAACUUACUUCUCUUUCUGAAGCACGUAAGAUACUGCAUUCUUCUGGAAAACAUGCAAAGAAGAUCUCUCCGAACAUGCCGCAGAAUCAAGUGUGCCUUGAUGCAAUUGAGGAAGGCAUAGUUUUUGGGGGAUAUGCGGGUCUUAUGAAAGAGGCAAGACUUUUUAAGGAGAUAAUUCUGACAACAACUGCAAGAAGUCUUGUCCAUGCCUUUUUUGCUGAACGUGCAACUUCCAAGGUACCUAAUGUUAGUGAUGUUGGCCUCAAGUCAAGUCAUAUAAGAAAAGUUGCAGUUAUUGGUGGUGGUUUAAUGGGUUCUGGUAUAGCUACUGCUCUUAUUCUGAAUGGUUUGCUUGUCAUUCUCAAAGAAAUUGAUUCUACUUUACUUCAGCGAGGAAUUAAAACAAUUACAGCAAACCUUGAAGGACUGAUGAAGAAAGGAUCAUUAACAUUGGAUAAAAAGAACGAGGCCCUGACACUUCUCAAGGGUGUUCUAGAUUACUCUGAAUUUAAGGAGGUCGAUAUGGUUAUAGAGGCUGUUAUUGAAAAGGUGCCACUCAAACAGUCCAUAUUCAAUGAAAUCGAGAAUAUUUGCCCACGACAUUGUAUUCUGGCAACUAACACAUCAACCAUUGAUUUGAAUAUUGUUGGUGAGAGGACAAAGUCUCAAGACCGUAUUGUUGGAGCCCAUUUCUUCAGCCCUGCUCAUGUCAUGCCUUUGCUAGAAAUUGUCCGCACAGAAAAGACAUCUCCACAAGUAAUUUUGGAUCUGAUGACUGUCGGGAAGAUCAUAAAGAAAGUCCCUGUUGUUGUAGGGAAUUGCACAGGCUUUGCUGUGAAUCGGACAUUCUUUCCAUACAACCAAGCAGCUCAGAUGCUGUUGCAUCUUGGAGUUGAUCUAUACAGGAUUGAUAGAGUGAUAAGAAACUUUGGGAUGCCAAUGGGUCCUUUUCAACUUCAAGAUGUGGCUGGAUAUGGUGUGGCUUUGGCAGUUAAGCCAAUAUUUGCUUCUUCCUUCAAAGGGCGUACAUUUGAGACAGAUCUUCUUGAGUUGAUGAUACAAAGUGGUCGAAAUGGGAAAGCAAAUGGAAAGGGUUACUACUUGUAUCAAUCAGGAAGCAAACCAAAACCUGACCCCUCCAUACAAACUGUCAUUGAUGAAUCUAGAAAGCGUACUCUCAUCACAUCUGGUGUAAAGCCUGUAAGUGUUUCAGACCAAGAAAUUGUGGAGAUGAUAUUCUUUCCAGUUGUAAAUGAGGCAUGCAGGGUAAUGGAUGAAGGAGUUGUAGUUCGAGCAUCUGAUAUUGAUGUUGCUUCUAUACUUGGAAUGGGUUUUCCCAAAUAUAGGGGUGGUCUGGUGUUCUGGGCUGAUACAAUUGGAUCUAGCUAUAUUUACUCAAAGCUCAAAAAGUUGGAGGAUGCGUAUGGCAGAUUCUUUACUCCUUCCAAGUACUUGGAAGAUAGAGCUGCAAAUGGCCUACCACUGAGCUCGGCAAAUUCAUCUCUCUCGCAAGCAUUGCAAGCAAGACUUUAGUGCGUUAAUACCAUUCCAUUGGAACAUUUAAGAGGCUAAGCCUAUGUUAGUUCAAGGUCAUGCUUGGAGAGUUUGUGAUGAUCUGGUAUCCGAACAUUGGAAAGAAUAAUUCUUGUAAGUUCUAACUUGUCAUUUGAUGUAAUUCAUUAUUGAGAAAAACAUUGAAAUAAGCUGCCAUUCUGAUUUUCAAACGGCAGUUUUCUGUAAAUGACUUGUCUGUACUGCUUAUCGAUUCCUUA